UCAGAGCCUUGCACACAGCCGCAGCACCGGGAGGAUGGAUGGAGCGGGCUCGUUUGGAGCGGGCCGAGCCGGUUCGGCCUUUGAUCUGGUUGCGUUCGUCAAACAACCACAGACAAUCCUAAGAGCGUUGGCAUGGAUCUUCUCCAUGGUGGUCUUUGCAUCUAUUAUAAAUGAGGGCUAUGUGAAUAUGGGCAGUGAGCGACUGCAUUGUGUGUUUAACAAGAAUGCAGACGCCUGUAACUACGCUAUAACUAUAGGAAUUAUGGCGUUCUUAGCAAGCGUCUUGUUCCUGGCCCUGGACGUCUACUUUCCUCAGAUCAGCAGCGUUAAAGAUAGAAAGAGAGCAGUGCUGCUGGAGAUUGCUUUUUCAGGAUUCUGGACGUUCCUUUGGUUUGUAGGAUUCUGCUUUUUGGCCAAUCAGUGGAGUCGUACGUCUGAUAAGGAGCUUCCUCUGGAACAGGCUUCAGACGCUGCACGAGCUGCUAUUGCUUUCUCUUUCUUCUCCAUCCUGACCUGGGCGGGGCUCACAGUUUGUGCAGUUCAGCGGUUCCUGCUGGGCACCGACAUGACCCUGUUCACCAGUGAGCAAGUGGUCAACCAGCCACCCAAGCAGAUGUACCCGUCCAAUGAUGUCAUCGGUCAGACCACCAUCCCCGUCAAUGCCUACCAGAGUCCGCCGCUCAUCGAAACCGUGGAGACCCGGCCACCUGGAUACAAGGUCCCACCUGCGUUUUAAUCCACAGCCAAUCAGAAGCAGCACUGAAGGACAGAGCCGUCAAUGUUAGCUAAAUGUAUCGUAUUGCGUUGUAGUAGCGAGAGGGGAAGAUGCUCAGCUCUGUAGUACAGUACGCACUAUUAUACACGACCCAACCGUAAUCCAAUCUCACCUUAACUAAUGUUACAGGACAGCGAUUGAUCGUCAUCGCUUGCUCGAACUAUUUACACCAUCAAAAUUUAGUCAGAAAAGCAUUACGCAUCUUAUUUAUGCACAGUACUUCAUUAAAGACGCACUAAGUAUUGGCUGUUGGUGUGGAUGCAUUCACUUCAAAACUGUAAGAAAAGGUGAUAAAGACGCUACAAGUGACAUUGAAAAAAUCAUGAUAUUUUAAAGCGGAAAUGCUGAAAUCUUUUUAAUAAUCUGGCAUAGAAACGGAUGCAUAGAUAUGAUAUCAAUUAUAAUUCACUUACAAAUGAUGUUACAUUUUGAAGCAGUAAGACAGCUUUUCUUGUCACACAUUUUCAGUUGGAAACAUUUUCACGAUUAAACAAGGAAAUUGCAAGGAACAUUAAAUUAAACCUGAUUUUUUAAAGUAGAAAGAUUGACAGCAUUUUACUCCGUUUACUGAAAACAGAUACAAGUUUCACUUGAAAACGAUAAGUAACAUUGACAUAACUGUGAUAUUUUAAAGUAAAAAAACUGAAAUGUUGUUAGUGUUUUCACUGAAUAAUCUGGCAUAGAAACGUAUGCAUAGAAAUGAUCUAAAUUACAAUUAAAUUACAAAUUAUGUUACAUUUUGAAGCAGAAAGACAGCUUUUCUUGGCACACAUUUUCACAAGGAAACAUUUUCCUGAUUAAACUAGGAAAUUGUAAGUAACAUUAAAUUAAACCUGAUUUUUUAAAGUAAAAAGAUUGACAGAAUUUUACUCUGUUUACUGAAAAAAGCUUUCACUUGAAAAUGUCACCAUUACUUUAAUGUUACUUGUAGUUUUUAAGUGAAAAAACGAAAUCUUUUUAGUGUUUUUACUAAAUAAUCUGGCAAAGAAACUUAUAAAUGAUAUAAAAUAUAAUUAAAAUACAAAUGAUAUUACAUUUUGAAGCAGAAAGACAGCUUUUACUUUCGCAAAGGAAAUAUUUUCACGAUUAAACAAGGAAAUUGCAAGUAACAUUAAAAUAAACAUUAAAAAUAACUGAUAUUUUAAUGUGAAAAAACAGAUCUUUUUAGUGCUUUCACUGAAAGUUCUGGCACAGAAACUUCUAAAUUAUAUAAAUUAUAAUUAAAUUACAAUUAAUAUUACAUUUUGAAGCAGGAAGACUUCAGGUCACACAUUUUCUCUAGGAAACAUUUUCAGGAUUAAACUAAGAAAUUGCAAGUAACAUCAUUAAUUAAACCUGAUUAUUUUUAAAUAGAAAGAUUGACAGCAUUUGACUGUGUUCACCAAUAAGAGUGACAUUGAAAUAAUCGUGAUAAAUUAAAUACUAAGCUCUUUUUAGUGCUUUGACGGAAUAAUCCGUCAUAGGAACCUGUAAAUAACAUAAAUUCUUGAUAUAAAUUCUUCCCACACAUUUUCACUAAGAAACAUUUGAUUAAACAAGGAACCUGCAAGUUAAAUAAAUGAAACAUGAUUUUUUUUAAGUAGAAAGAUUGACAUCAUUUUACUGUAUUCACUAAUAAAAGACAAAAUUUACACUUAAAAACAACAAGUAACAUUGAAAUAAUCGUUAUAUUUUAAAGUGAAAAAACUGAAAUCUUUUUUGUGUGUUUACUUACGAAUAAUAUCAAUCAUAAUUAAAGUAUGUAAACUUUUGAAGCAGUAAGACAGCUUUUUCUUCUCACACAGUUUCACUUGCAAACAUUUUCACGAUUAAACAAGGAAAUUGCAAGUAACAUUAAAUUAGAUAGUUCUUUUUUAAAGUAGAAAGAUUGACUUUAUUUUAUUCUGUUAAAAAUAUAUAAAAUGUUCACCUAAAAACUACAAGUAUUAUUGAAUUAGACAUGAAAUGUAUAGAAAUACUGACAGUAUUUUAUACUUAAACCUGUUUCAGCACUCUUUGUUUUAUUUUCACCUUAAAAAACUGUUUUUUAUAGUGUACUUAUGACCAGUUCUAAAAUAAUCACGAAACUAUACAGUGGUUUACAGAAAUACGAGUAGCAGACCACCUUUAUGGACAAUAAACCAAAGGCUUUUAGACCACUGAUCACUAUUUCUUGUUAGUAUACAACAUUUCAAACAUAUUUGACAAAAUAUACUAUUUGUUUGCGAAAGUUUCCCAGUGCAAAAAUAGUUUUUAUGUAUCAUUUUUUCACUUUUACAAUUAGGAAUGAUUUCUGUCUUGAUCGACAGCUGUACAUCAGUGUUUUACUGUGGUAAAAUCAGUUCAGUUCACGUCACUUGUGUCAAAAUCACUGUUUUUGUUCAUUGGGAAUUAGCACAUUUUGUUUAAAAGUAUUAUUGUGCUGUCACUAUAGAGAAAGAGAGAGUUCUGUGUGUGCGUGUGUGUGUGUGUGUGUGUGUGUGUGUGUGUGUGUGUGUGUGUGUGUGUGUGUGUGUGUGUGUGUGAGUGUGUGUGUGUGAGAGAGAGAAUGGAGCAGUCAGAGAUAUUCCGGAUGAGAUCACUGAGAUCACUAAAACAGAUUGUUUACUUUAACAGGCAUAUUUGUGCAUACAGUAUGCGUGUGUGUGUGUGUGGAAUGUGUGUGUGCUUGCUUUAAUUCUGUCUAAUUGCAUGAUCUGGUCAAAUGCCACAGAUUUUCAUUGAAGCAGAGAGAAAGUGUUCUAUUUUGUUACAGUGACUGACAUACAGUACCACGAGGUCCUGAAUAAAGAUGAAGCAGUACAGUGAA